AUGGCGGCUAAAUCAAUCUGUGCUUCUCUAUCAGUGCAUUCCAUGGCGAACAAGAAGCCUUCACCUUCUGCAACAAGAACAAUCACCUCCAAGAAGAGCACAGUGGCUCCUCAGGUGAAACUACUGACGAGAGUUGAGCAGCUCAAGCUUUUGACGAAAGCCGAGAAAGCAGGACUUUUGUCCUUAGCUGAGAAGUCCGGCUUCUCUCUAUCGACCAUCGAGCGUCUUGGAUUGCUCACUAAAGCAGAGGAAUUCGGCGUUUUGUCUGCGGCCACAAACCCCGAAACGCCUGGGACGCUAUUCACUCUGAGCCUCGGUUUACUCCUUCUUGGACCGGUUUUUGUCUACUUGGUUCCUGAAGAUUACCCUUGGGAAGUGGUGGUUCAGCUCGUGGUGGCUCUCGUCUCUGUUCUUGGUGGCUCUGCUGCUUUUGCCGCGUCUGGUUUUGUCUCCAAUUUGCAGAAAUCUGAUUAG